GCUGGUCCUCUGCUCUGCUUUGCGGCCGGCCCAGCAUGCUUCAUUGGCUGUCUCCGCCCUCGGCUUUGAUCGGGCCAAGGAGGUCCUCCAGCACGACAGCCUGGAAGGCGGGGGAGAAGAUUGGCCGAAUGCCUACCGGUCGUGUCCAAUGUCGGCGGACGAAUCUCGGGCCUGCGUCGUCUGUUGGCAUCAUCGUGAAUGGGGGGUUCCUGCGUACCAGUUGUACACAGGGCUCCUCUUUGGCCUGCCCUUGGCUGUCACGUCUUUCAACAGGUAUUCCAGAUUCAGUGAAGCCUUGGGACGCAGACUCCUGUUCCUCCUUGUAUCCCUCUAUUUUGACGACGCGCACCUCACUGACUGGUCCUCGAGCAAAGGGUCCGGGCAGCAGGCCUUUCGGGACCUGAAUGAGAUCAUGGGCUCCCCCUUUGCCGAGGACAAGCGCCAGGACAUGGCGCCCACCGGCACAUUCUUGGGCCUGGACUUCGACCUCUCGGAGAUUUCGGGAGAUGGAACAGCGCUGAAGGCGCGGCAAACCGAGAAGGUGGUGGAGCUCACUGGUGCCCUUCGACAGUCGAUGGAGGUCAUCCGAGCUGUGCUGGCAAUGCGCCCCAGACGCCGUGUCGAAGUAUUUCCUUCAGAGCAUUGCCGUUUCGUGGCGGCAAGUGAUGCCGCCGAAGAUGUCCCCGGGGAAGGCACCGGGGGCUUCUUGCUGGUUUGGCGCUCUGGACUUCCCUCGCGGGAGGCCUUUGUGGCCGAGGUGUCGCCCUCAGUGUAUUCGCUCUUCACACCUGGCGACCACAAGAUUGCGCAGCUCGAGUUGUCGAUGGUGCUCUAUGCCCUCACGGCGCGCCCCUCGCGCUUCCGGGGGGCCAGGGGCGUCUGGUAUAUCGACAAUGUGGCGGCCCUUAUGUGUCUCAUUCGUGGACGCAGUGAUUCUCCCGAUUUGGAACGGAUGGCCAACUUGAUUCAUGUGGCCUUGUUCGCCUUGCAGACUUGGAUUUACUGGGAGUGGAUCCCAUCUAAGUCUAACUGGUCUGAUUCUAUCAGCCGCUUGGGGUGGAGAGACCCCUGGCAUCGCAUGCAUCAUUUCAAGUGCUUCCCUGCAUACUUCCCCGCUUCGCUCUGGCGCCUGCCGCUGAGACCUGUGACUCUCAUCUUCGAGCUUUUGUAG